AUGGAUCAAGAGAAAGGACCUCGAGUCAACAAUCAUGUCCAGACAGUUCAGGAGGAUUAUGCAGAUGUCACUCUUCGGAUUGUAGAGGAACAUGGCGAUCGGUUCGGGCCGCUCACAUCGGAAAAGGAGAAGAAGCUCAGAAGGAAGCUUUAUCUUCAUAUAAUGGGAUUGAUGUCCGUCAUAAACAUCAUACUAUUCGUAAGUCCGUACACAGUUACUAGCCCCGAAGAAGCCCGACCUGACCAACAGAUCGAUAAAUCAACCCUUGGAUAUGCUGCCAUCCUGGGGCUUUUCGAAGAGACCGGAAUCUCUAAAUCGCAAUACAACACUCUGAACAGUCUAUUCUAUGUCGGUUAUCUAGUCGGCCAAUGGCCCGGUCAUUAUUUGAUGCAGCGUCUUCCGCUCGGGAAAUUUGUCAGUGGAAUGAUAUUCCUCUGGGGCGCUAUUAUUCUACUCCAUUGCGCAGCAAUCAGAUAUGGUGGUCUAGUCGUGCUCCGACUAGCCCUUGGUCUCGUGGAAGCCGUUGUCGUUCCAGCCAUAGAAAUGACCAUUGGAAUGUUCUUCAACCGCGAAGAGCAAUCAUUCCUACAGCCCAUCCUCUGGAUAACAUGUGUCGGCGCCCCGAUCCCCGCCGGCUUCAUAUCAUACGGUCUCCUGUUCAGUCACGGCUCCAUCCUCCCCUGGAAACUGUUCAUGAUCAUCAUCGGCGGCGUAACCGUGAUGCUCUCCAUAUGGGUAUUCUUUGGAUACCCUGAUAACCCCGCCACAGCACGAUUCCUCACCCUGGAAGAGAAAGUCCAUGUGAUCAACCGUGUACACAACUCCCAUCAGAGCUCGAUCGAACAAAAGCAUUUCAAAAAGACACAGCUUAUCGAAACCCUUCGGGAUCCAGUAUCUUGGUUAUUCGCCCUGCAAGCAUUCACCCUUAUGUAUUGCAACAAUCUUAAUUACGGACAGCAGAACCUACUCACCACCUCCCUCGGAGUAUCGGAGUUGGGAUCCACGCUUGUUGCAGCAGCUGGGGGAGGAUUCGGCGUGGCACUCUGCAUCACCGCUACACUUGCGCUUAAACAUUUCCCCAAAUACCUCGCUCUCCACAGCACUAUAUGGUGCGCUCUCGCCAUGGCUGGUGGAAUCGGUAUGGUGACCAUAGCUUGGGAGCGGAAGCUGGCGCUCCUGGCAUGCAUGUUGCUUGCCGAGAAUACGUAUAGUAUUACCUAUAUCAUUGCCUUGGGCUGGGCAACUUCCUCCGCCGCUGGAUAUACGAAGAAGUUGACCCGGAAUGCAAUGUUCAUGGUUGGGUAUAGUGUGGGCAAUCUUGUUUCGCCGCAGAUUUGGGUUCCUAGCGCCGGACCGAGAUAUUAUGGAGCGUGGAUUUCUAUGAUUGUUGUCAGCUGGGUCGGAACACCAGCCAUUCUCUGUGUGAUCUGGUAUAUAUUGACGAAGAGAAACAAAGCGAGGAGAGAGUCCAAUGAAGUGGAAGAGAGGGAAGGGUGUGUUGAGCAGGUUGACAACGGAGUUGUGACCACGAAGAAGGUUGAUGUUGCAUUGUUGGAUCUGACUGAUUUGGAGAACAAGUCAUUUAUUUACCCGAUCUGA